AUGUCAAACACUGUUGUAGUUAUUGGUGCUGGUGUGAUUGGCCUCACCUCCGCCUUGCUUCUGGCCAAGGAGGGAAACAGUGUCACCGUCGUGGGCAAGCACAUGCCCGGCGAUUCCGAUGCAGAGUAUGCUUCACCAUGGGCUGGAGCCAAUGUCGUCCCACUCGCACCCAAAGAGGCCAGCCGUUGGGAACGAAGAACAUGGAUCGCUCUCAAGAAGCUUGUUGAGGAGACUCCAGAGGCAGGCAUUCACUAUCAGAACAGUGACAUGAAGUCUGGCAAAUCUGGCUUCUCUUCAAACUUCUAUGCCGAUAAUCCUUGGUUCAAGGAAAUCUUCAACAACUUUAGGGAUAACACACCCGCUGAACUCGCUGCCGGUUACGAUUCCGGUUUCCAAUACCAAGGAGUUUGCAUCAACGUGGCCAUUUACCUUCCCUGGUUGCUGGGCCAAUGCCUCAAGUAUGGAGUCGUGGUCAAGCGCGGUAUUCUUACCCACAUUAACGAGGCAAAGUAUCUCAGCCAUACCGGCAAGAAGGCGAAUAUCAUCGUCAACGCGACUGGCCUUGGGUCAUUGAAGCUCGGAGGCGUGGAGGACACAACUGUUGCUCCUGCCAGAGGUCAAGUUGUCGUCGUGCGGAAUGAAACACCCAAGAACAUGCCGCUCUUCAUGUGCUCAAGCACCCUAGACGAGAGUGGCGAGGAAAUCUACGCCAUGCAAAGAGCCGCUGGCGGAGGCACAGUUAUCGGCGGCACUUAUCAAAUCAACAACUGGGACUCGCAACCGUGUUCUAACACAGCCAACCGUAUCAUGCAGCGAAUCGUGGACCUGAUGCCUGAGAUUGCUGGUGGAAAGGGCAUCACCGGUUUGAGCAUUAUCAGGCACGGUGUUGGCUUCCGUCCUUACAGAAAGGGAGGAAUGAGGUUGGAGGAGGAGAAGUUGGAUGAUGAGACGUGGGUUGUUCACAACUAUGGACAUUCAGGAUGGGGAUAUAUGGCGUCCUAUGGUGUUGCUGAGGGCGUGGUGGAGUUGGUGGCGAAGGUGACCGGAACUCGAGCCAAACUGUAG